AUGCAGUCCAUCACCGAAUGGGAGGAGAUUCCAGGGAUUGACAACGUCAUUGAGCAGGCCAAGAGAAGCUCGGUCGCAGAAGGCUUGGAGCCGAAGGUGCAGCUGCGCAGCCUCAACGACCUCUUCUACGAGUCCCAGCCGGAGGAGCUGCCAUGGAUCCGCACCGAGUGCGUCAUCGACGUGAUCCAGGGCGCAGCUUACUUGGGGCAAGCCGUGGUCUUCUUGUACAAGGCCAUUGACUAUGACGGGCUCAAGUGCCCCAACAACUCCCCGGUCGGAUGCGCGGCCAGUGUGGCGGGCUUCAUCACCUCCAUCAGUUGGAUCGCCUCGUACCUCUCCUUCGCGGCCAACGCCUGUGGUGCUGCGGUCAACUCGGGCGCCCUGUGCGCGGGAGACUGGACGGCCCUGAUGGCGAACUUUGGGGAGAUGGCGACCGUGGGUGCCGCUGUGAAGGAAGACUGCGACUUCAACAAGGACUGGAUCGCCCUGCUUCACUUGACCGACAACAACCCCUUGCCGCCCAACUGGCAAGCCUUCGUCCCUGCUGGCGCCGCACCCACCGUGGAGACCAUCGCCAAGGUGGAUGCGCUUCGCACAUCCAAGCGCAACCGCAACUUUGACCUCACGCAGUGCGUCAUGGCAGACGUCACCAACGCGGCCGCCUAUAUCGUCCGGGUGAUUUUGCAGAUCCGCUCGGCGGCCAGCGCCUGCCCCGAGCCGAGGGCCUGCGCCAUCAACAUCUUGAACAUUAUCAGCUCCUUCGCAUGGAUCUCCCAGUUCACGGCCUUGGCGGUCUCCGACUGCUGGACGAAAGGAAGCCAGAAGGCACUCUGUGCGGCCGACAUCUCGGACAUGGUGGCAGCGGUCACGAACGGCCCAGCCGCUGGUAUUGCCACCACUUCCGAUUGCGCAGACCUGCCAGACCCCUUGGAGGAGGAGAAGCAUCUCCCCAUGGACUAA